GCUCCCGCUAUGUGUGUGACGGGCCGGGGUGGGCGGCGACAGCAGACACGGAACGUAUCAACUGAUGAAUGUAAAGAGCAAACUUGAGUUAAGCUUUUGAGGUUAAACUUAAAGCGCCGCCGUGCUGAAGAAAUCAUCACCAAGAACAAUGCAUGCAAUUAGGAAUCUGUUCCCCCUGUUGCCUUGGAGAUGUCCAAAUCUGGUGUUAGAAAUCACUUUGUGAGGAACUGUGUGUGUGGCCGUUGGUCAUCUGAUGUCAGGUUGGACGGCCAAACUGUCCUCAUUACAGGAGCUAACACUGGGAUUGGCAAGGAGACCGCUCGAGACCUGGCCAGGAGAGGCGCUCGCAUCAUCAUGGCCUGCAGAGACGUGGAGAAGGCGGAGUCUGCCAGGACGGAGAUCAUGGAUGACGCCGGGAACGAGGAGGUGGUGGUGAGAAAGCUGGAUCUCUCCAGCACCUCGUCCAUCAGGGAGCUGGCUGAGAUCAUCAACAGGGAGGAGCAGAAGCUUAACAUCCUCAUAAACAACGCUGGCAUCAUGAUGUGUCCGUACUCUAAGACUACAGACGGCUUUGAAACGCAGUUUGGGGUCAAUCACCUAGGUCACUUCCUGUUGACCUACCUGCUGCUGGACCUAAUCAAGCGAUCGGCGCCGGCUCGCAUCGUCAACGUGGCGUCCGUGGCCCACACCUGGACGGGCCUGCGAUUGGACGACAUCAACAGCGAGCGAAGCUACGACAGUGUGAAAGCUUACGGGCAGAGCAAACUAGCCAACGUCCUGAGCACGCGCUCACUAGCCAAGCGUCUGCGAGGGACGGGGGUGAGUGUGUUCUCCCUGCAUCCCGGGGUGGUCCGGUCUGACCUGUGGAGGCACCUCAACACAGGUGUUCAGCUGGCCGUGAAGGUGUUCAGCAUCUUCAGCAAGACCACAGUGGAGGGAGCGCAGACCAGCAUCUACUGUGCUGUUCAGCCAGGACUGGAGGCAGAGAGUGGGGGGUACUACAGCUCGUUGCUCCAGAGCGGCGUCGGACGAGGAACUGGCAGAGAAGCUGUGGGAGGUCAGCUGCAAGAUGCUGGAGCUCACCUGGGACUAGAGACUGGCCACGCCCCUACGCCCACUACAGUAUCUCAGAAUCCUUUCACUGGCCAAGUCCAUCUACUACACUGUCCUACAGUGUAGAAACACUGCUGUCUACAUUCUGGAAUCCCAUUCUACGUUCUAGAACACCGCAUUCUACGUUGUAGAGUCCCACUCUGCGUUCUAGAAAACCAUUGUACAUCUACAACAGAACACUUCAUUUAUUGUAAUCCAGUUCUACGUUCUAGAAUAUCGUUUUUAUACAUUCUAGAACACUGCCGUGAUUAAUGUAUUAUCAUGAAUUAUAGGGAAGGCAAUCAUUUUUUUGGUAUUGUCCCAGGUUGAACACUAUGUAUGAAUUGUUUCUAUAGUCUGACUCCUGUGUAAAUAGUAGUAUUAUCUCUUCAUUACUAUCAC